GGCCCGUACCAAAUCCACAUCCUGUAUAGGUCUUUGAUACAUCGAGUUUCCUCCAGGUUUCCAACUAUCCCCCAUCCCGGAAGAGGACCGUUCGUCGCCGGACGGCGAAAGCUUGCCGGACCUGAUCGUGGAGCCGGCGCCGAACCGCCACGACCACGCGCCGGACUUUUACGACGCUCUCGAGCGAAGGAUGCGGCGGUACUACCGGCAGCUCUUUCUAGGAGAAGAUGAGAGCGAAGACAGCAGCUCCGACUUUGAAGUAAAUCGAAGUAUGUCCAGCACUUUCAUCGACGCAAGGAAAGAUGUAACAAGAAAUGAUAUAAACAUAGAUUCUGAUCAAGAUGUUUCAAUAGCUAAAGAAAAUCAAUCAACAAUUGGGAACGAAGAUGAUUUACAAGACAUUACCAAUGAACUGAUAACCUGCGAGUCUAGUCAUACAUCUCUUGAUGAUUUAAAUAAGUCUUCAACUGUAGAAGACAGUCAAACUAUCGAAUCUUCAACUGAAUCUCAUUCAAGUGAAAACACAGAAGUAAUUAAUAUACAAAUUGAAAACUAUGAUAGAAUAAACUUAACAAAUGAAGUGAGAUACAAGUCUUAUGAUGAUAUUAAUAAAAUCAGACUUGAAGAAUCUGAAAGUAUUGAAAAUAAAUCAGUUGAAGAUGACUCAACGGAACAAUGUCAUAGAAUAUCGACAACAGUAGCACAGAUACACGGAUCGCCUGCAAGAGCUUCUGUUCAGUUUGACAGCGGGAGCCCAGUGCUGAUCCCUCGGGUGCUACAAUUCGGGAGAACAGUAUUUGGAUCUGGAUUUGCUUCAAGGUUAUCUGGACAGAGCGUGAAUGUUUUGGACACUUCUGGUCAAAAUAUUGACCGCGUUCCAACAAAAACAGCUGAAGAAUCAAAUGAACAAGAUACGACGAUCGUCGAACCAGAUACAGAAGUGCAAAAACUAUUGACAGACAGUGAACUUACAAGAAUUAGUAUAGAUAAAACAUUUAUCACUGCAGUAAACACAGGAACGGAUCAUAAUCAAGAAGAUGUCCUUGAGAAGAGAGAGAAUAUAAAUACUGAAGAUGAUUUUCAAGAAAAUGAACGUGAUGAAGAUAACGAAUCAAACCAAGAUGAAGCUGAAAUAACAGAUAUAGAAAAUGAAUCUAUUGAGUGGAAUAAAGAUGGAGUAGACGAUGACGAAGAUGGGUUCGACUUCGCUAUUAGAAAAGGAGAGUUUACUCGCAAAGCACGUCGUCUAGUUUUCCGGACUUCAGAUUCUUUUGAGAAUUUAGAGCCUAUCGCUCAUAGUACAGAGAAUUUUGAUAAUGAAGAAUUUGAGCCAGUUGAGGAAAUGAGAGAAACACGAGGGUCUGGAGCUAAUGUAUCCUGGCAUGGGGAGGCAGAUCAGACAAGUCCUGCGUUGGCAUUUGAAACCAAGACAAGUGCAGAAAGACUUGAAGAAGUAUGCUCCGACACUGAAGUCAGCGCAUCUACAGAAGAUGAAACCGUAGAAGACAACAUUCAAAAUCUCAACUACGCUCUUGUAGAUGAUUUCUGGUCAGUAUCGUCCGUAGAAGUAGAUCUCGAUAAUCCAAAUGAUAAUAGUUCAAAAAGAAGAUCCGAUUCGAGUCACGACUUACCGUUGAGAAAAAGGAAAAAAGAUAUGACGACGCAAACUGGUUUAGAAGAGAAAUUGCAAUGGGAGAGUGUAAGGAAAGAUUUUUUUGUAGGUUUACCGCUUGUGUUGAGGCUGUGUAGGUGCCAAGAUCAUGUUUGUUCUUGAUUUUCUGUUGAUUGUGUUUGCCCCACGGCGAUUGGCGUGUACGCUAUUAUUAAUCACGAUUAAAUAAUAAUGCGGUGUAGCGUUGUGACGUUGUGUCGUGGCUCGAGACGAUGU